AAUGUACAAGAAGAAAAAAAAUUCACAAGUAGAAAUAUUUUUCACAUAGCUACAAUAUAUUUGGGAUAUAUUUUAUAUAUGCUCUCUCUAUAGACAAAUGUCUGACUCUCUGACAAGCUGGCAUUCCACUGUUGAUUUCCAAAUGGGCGGGUCCACUGUAAACAAAAACUACACAGCAGAAAGAAGAAGUCAGUCUGAUCUCAGCUUCAUCAGCUCUACUGUCAUGGCUGCUUUCACAUUUGCACCAUUCGUGGCUUUGUUCACUUGUUCAUGGAUCUUUGUUCUGUGUCAAGAGACACCGGAGCUGAAGGUGAAGCCUGGAGAGGACGCCACUCUUCAGUGUCAGGGUCACAGAGAUGCUGACAUAGAAGUUAUAAAGUGGAUCAGACCUGACCUGAAGUCAGAUGAUGGUUAUGUCUUCUUCUUCAGAGAAGAACGCUCAUAUGAAAACUACCAGCAUGAAUCUUAUCGUGGUCGAGUGGAGCUUCAAGAUCCAGAGAUGAAGGACGGAGACGCUUCUGUGAUUCUGCAGAACGUCAACAUCAACGACGCUGGAACAUAUGAGUGUCGGGUUAGAGAAGAAAAGGAGACAGGCCAAGCUAAACCCAUCAGCAUCAUCAGGCUGAAAGUGACAGAGCCAGGUCACACAGCUGGACACAAGGAGGGAGGAGACAAAGAGGGAGGAGACAAGGAGGGAGGAGACAAGGAGGGAGGAAAAACCGAGGAAGGAGACAAGGACGUAGGAGACAAAUAUAAAAAUAUUGAACUCUGAGUGAGUCUGUUAGUUUGUGUGAUUCUUGUUGUUGUUGUUUUUAGAAAGCCCAAAAAAGAUUAAUACCAACCUGCCAAUCCUGAAACUGUCAGUCACAUUUUUCUGGCAGCGUGGUUAGCUUGGUAAACCAACCGAGUCCUUACAACUGUGACCCAGCUUCAAGUCCAGCCUGUGGCUGCGUGUUGUCCACUAUCUCUUUCUGCGUUUCAUAUGACUAUCCACUUUCUUUCAAAUAAAGGCAAAAUUUUAAAAUA